GAGAGCCUCCCCAUUCAAGUUCAAGCUCCCACCCGCUGCAGCUCCAUCCCUACCCAGCUGGGCCAGCGUCCUGUGUUCCAGAUCCACAGCGGACACCCGGGAUAUGUUGUGGGGCCCCCAGAGGAAUGCUUGAAAGCAGGGCCAUCCCGAAAAACCCAGGCCAGGGGUUUUCCUGGGCUCCAGGUGGGGCUGAGCACAGAAGCUGCAAGGUGACCAUUCUGGCUGCGUGCGUGAGUGUGCCAGCCUGGGUGAGGAGGCAGAGACAGCCUGCCGGGGCUUCUCUCACUUAUCCCCAGGGCCUGAUGUCGGAGGCCAUGGACCAGUCGGCCGGGAGCCCUGGAAACCUGAACCCAGGAGAAGGUGGUGAUGGCAGCACGGAGCCGGGCACCUGCCAGGAACUCCUGCACCGGCUGCGGGAGCUGGAGGCAGAGAACUCAGCACUCGCCCAAGCCAACGAAAAUCAGCGGGAGACCUACGAGCGCUGUCUGGACGAGGUUGCCAACCACGUGGUGCAGGCACUGCUAAACCAAAAGGACCUGCGAGAGGAGUGCAUCAAGCUGAAGAAGAGGGUGUUUGACCUGGAACGGCAGAACCAGAUGCUGAGCGCCCUGUUUCAGCAGAAGCUCCAGCUGACAGCAGGCUCCCUCCCUCAGAUCCCACUUGCCCCACUCCAGCUGCCUUCAGAGCCACCGGCCUCGCCCUCCCUGAGCUCCGCCGAGGGACCAGCCACCUCGCUGCCUCUGGGGCGCUGCGCUGGGCAGAGAGAGGUGUGCUGGGAGCAGCAACUGCGGUCAGGAGGCCCAGGACCCCCAGCCGCACCACCCCCAGCGCUGGAUGCCCUCUCCCCAUUCCUUCGAAAGAAAGCGCAGAUCCUGGAGGUGCUGAGAGCCCUGGAAGAGACGGACCCCUUGCUUCUGUGCUCACCUGCUACCCCUUGGCAGCCUCCAGGCGAGGGUCCUGGCUCCCCGGAGCCCAUCAAUGGCGAGCUGUGUGGCCCGCCUCAGCCUGAACCCUCUCCCUGGGCCCCCUACCUGCUACUAGGUCCUGGUAGCCUGGGAGGCCUGCUGCACUGGGAGCGCCUCUUAGGGGGCCCAGGGGAGGAGGAGGGUGCUGGGCGGCCCUGGGGCCCUGGUAGGGGCUCCCCACAGGCCCAGGGCACUGGUUCUGGGCUGCCCUGUGUGCCAGGCAGUAGCUCUUCCUCCUCUUCUGAUGAGGCCGGUGACCCCAAUGAGGCCCCCAGCCCGGACACCCUGCUGGGGGCCCUGGCCCGCAAGCAGUUGAACCUGGGCCAGCUCCUUGAAGAUACAGAGUCUUACCUACAGGCCUUUUUGGCUGGGGCUGCUUGCCCUCUCAGCGGGGACCACCCGGGUCCCAGGCAGCCAUCCUCCCCAGACCAGGGGCCCCCACAACUGUCCAAGUCCAAAGGCCUCCCCAAGUCAGCUUGGGUUGGGGGUACCCCAGAGGCCCACAGGCCGGGCUUUGGUGCUACCUCAGAGGGCCAGGGGUCCCUCCCCUUCCUCAGCAUGUUCAUGGGUGCAGGGGAUACCCCCCUGGGCUCACGGCCUGGCCACCCCCACUCUUCAUCUCAGGUGAAAAGCAAGCUCCAAAUUGGCCCCCCUUCUCCUGGGGAAGCCCAAGGACCCCUUCUGCCCUCUCCAGCCAGAGGUCUCAAGUUUCUAAAGCUGCCUCCAGCCUCAGAGAAGGUCCCCAGCCCAGGAGGCCCCCAGCUCAGCCCCCAGCUCCCCCGGAAUUCCCGAAUACCCUGUCGGAACAGUGGCUCAGACGGCAGCCCCUCCCCACUGCUGGCCCGCAGGGGUCUGGGCGGAGGAGAGCUGUCCCCAGAGGGGGCACAGGGCCUGCCCACCAGCCCUUCACCCUGUUCCACGACCCCUGACUCUGCACAGCUCAGACCUCCCCAGCCAGCCUCGUCCGCUACGCUUUCCCCAGGACCCACGGUGUCUCCCUGCUACGAGAACAUUCUGGACCUUUCCCGGAACACCUUUAGGGGGCCUUCCCCAGAGCCACCUCCAUCUCCUCUGCAGGUGCCCACCUACCCACAACUAACUCUGGAGGUGCCACGGGUCCCUGAGGUCCUCAGAAGCCCUGGCAUCCCCUCCAGCCCUUGCCACCCAGAAUCCUGCCCCUAUGAGGGCACCCAGGAGAAGAGUUCGGACAAGGCAGGCUCCGAGUCUCCCCAUCCUGGCCGCAGGGCCCCAGGCAGCUCGUCCAAAAAGCCCAUCCAGGGGGCAGGACGGCGACCUGGGGAUCCUGGCUACACGCCUCUGCGAGACAGACUGGCAGCCCUGGGGAAACUGAAGACUGGCCCCGAGGGGCCUCAGGGCCCAGAAAAGAAUGGGGUGCCAGUCAGACCUGGCACUGAGAAGGCCCGGGGAGCAGGGAAGUCAGGGGAGAGCACUGGAGACACAGCAACCCCUGCUUCCAGGCCCCCUGAGCAGCCAGAAGCCAAGGGGGCCCUGCGGGGGGCAGUGGCCUUAGGCACAAGCAGCCUGAAGCAACAGGAAUCUGGGCUCCUGGGGGACCCCGGGGCCCGAGUCUACUCUUCCCACUCCAUGGGGGCCCGGGUGGACCUGGAGCCUGUCUCACCAAGGAGCUGCCUCACCAAAGUGGAGCUAGCCAAGAGCCGGCUGGCAGGGGCCCUGUGCCCCCAGGUACCCCGCACCCCUGCCAAAGUGCCAACCUCAGCCCCCAGCCUUGGCAAGCCCAAUAAGAGCCCCCACAGCAGCCCAACCAAGCUGCCUUCAAAGUCACCCACUAAGGUGGUGCCCCGACCUGUGGUCCCACCAGCCACCAAGGAGCCCCCCAAACCUGACAAGGGGAAGGGCCCACCCUGGGCAGACUGUGGCGGCACUGUGGCCCAGCCCAUGUCCCCAGCACCUGGCCCUGCCGACCCAGGCCCAGGCCCUGAGGGGCGGGCCCCACACUCGGCCAUUGAGGAGAAGGUGAUGAAGGGCAUCGAGGAGAAUAUGCUGCGGCUCCAGGGCCAGGAGCGGGCGCCCGGCACCGAGGCCAAGCAUCGGAACACCAGCAGCAUCGCCAGCUGGUUUGGCCUUAAGAAGAGCAAGCUGCCAGCAUUAAACCGCCGCACAGAGACCACCAAGGGCAAGGAAGGGGCCGGGGGCUCCCCGCUCCGGAAGGAGGUCAAGAUGGAAGCCCGGAAGCUGGAGGCUGAGAGUCUCAACAUCUCCAAGCUGAUGGCUAAGGCGGAAGACCUGCGCCGGGCGCUGGAGGAGGAAAAGGCCUACCUGAGCAGCAGGGCCCGGCCUCGGCCCGGGGGCCCAGCACCAGGGACCAGUGCAGGCCUGGGCCAGGGGCAGGGCCAGCUGGUUGGCAUGUACCAGGGUGCAGACACCUUCAUGCAGCAGCUUCUCAACAGGGUGGAUGGCAAGGAGCUGCCCCCCAAGAGUUGGCGGGAACCCAAACCUGAGUAUGGCGAUUUCCAGCCAGUGUCCUCUGACCCCAAGAACCCCUGGCCCGCCUGUGGGCCCCGAAAUGGCCUGGUGGGCCCUCUCCAGGGCUGCGGAAAACCUCCUGGGAAGCCAAGCAUCGAGCCAGGGAGGCGAGAAGAGAUGCCCUCCGAGGACAGUCUGGCCGAGCCAGUGACCACCUCACACUUCACAGCCUGUGGCUCUUUGACUCGAACCCUGGACAGUGGCAUUGGGACCUUCCCACCCCCAGACCACGGCAGCAGUGGGACCCCCAGCAAGAAUCUUCCGAAGACCAAGCCACCACGGCUGGAGCCCCCACCAGGGGUGCCCCCAGCCCGGCCCCCACCCCUUACCAAAGUCCCCCGCCGUGCCCACACACUGGAGCGUGAGGUGCCCGGCAUAGAGGAGCUGCUGGUGAGCGGGCGGCACCCCAGCAUGCCGGCCUUCCCUGCUCUGCUCACCGCUGCUCCAGGCCACCGGGGCCAUCAGACCUGUCCAGACGAUCCCUGCGAAGACCCCGGCCCACCCCCACCAGUCCAGCUGGCCAAGAACUGGACCUUUCCCAAUGCCAGGGCAGCCAGCGGUUCCUCUGACCCUUUCUUAUGCCCACCCCGACAACUGGAGGGACUGCCCAGGACCCCCAUGGCCCUGCCCAUGGAUGGAAAGCGGAGCCUGGAGCCCAGCCGUCCUGCCCCUGCGCCCCAGGGCCCGGCGUUUGGGGGCAGCCGCACCCCCAGCACGUCGGACGUGGGCGAGGAAGGGAGAGUGGCCAGCGGGGGACCCCCGGGGCUGGAGACCUCUGAGUCUCUCAGCGACUCGCUCUACGACUCACUGUCCUCUUGCGGGAGUCAGGGCUGAGUGGAGUCAGGGCUGAGUGGCAGCGGCAGCCACGCCCCGCGCCGGAGGCGGAGACCACGGAUUGGACGGCUCUCCUCAAGCCCCGCCCCCGGGGCCCCGCCCUGAAGGGACCAAGGAGGCAGAUGAACCUGAAGGUGAAGGGGGUUCCCGGCACAGCCCACUGCCCGCCGCCGCCGCUGCUGUGGAGGAGAUGACCGCUCUCAGCUCAGGGAGAGACCCCACCCUUGGUCCUUUCUCUCACCCAGAGUACGGCUCUUCCUCUGAGGGACUGGGGGGUUCAAGGCCGCUGUGUCCCGGCCCCCACUCCCGCUUCAGGCUGAGCCAUCUUGUGGUGCUGGGCUUCCUGCCCACCGGUCGUGCCAUCUCCGCCCACCCUGGCGGCUCCCGUGCCUCAGCAGCCGCGUGCUGGUGGAGUUUAGGGGCGAGGGGUCACGUUGCCUUCUCUCUCUGUCUGCCCUGGUCCUCCCCGCUGUCUGGAUGGUGCUGCCCUCUCCUGCCCCAUAUCUUUGGGGCCCAUUUGUCUGUCUUCUUUUGUUGGUUGUUUUUAUAUAUAUAUAUUAAAGCGUCUGACCCAGCCCCCACCCUCCCAUCCCCACACUGCGGUUAAUUUAUCAGUUGUUAAAAACGCGGUUGCUCUGCUUCCAGCCUCUGCUUCUGCCGUAUCCCUAAUAAAACGUGGAGGACCCCCACCCCCACCCCGA